AUGGAGAAGUACUUUUUUAAAGUAUCAAAUUCAAGUUCUAUUACUCAGAAUCAACCUAACCGGGAAGAAAAUACUAACCAUUUGGAAGUACCAUCACACUCUUCUCAAGAAUUUGAUUUAAGUUCUUUAAAGGCUGAUCCAGGUGAAAGAACUCAAAUCUUGGAAUUUCAUCCAAAUCACCGUGACGCUAUUAGAAGAGCUUAUCUCCAAAAAAAACCUUGUCAACCUCUAUUAAGAGAGUUUCCACAAACAAACAUUUUUGGAGAUGUGCGUCGUUUUAAUCAUAAAUGGUUUGAUGAAUUUCCUGAUUGGUUAGAGUAUAGUAUAAGUAAAGAUGCAGCCUUUUGUUUGUAUUGUUAUUUAUUCAAGCAAAAUAACAAUCUUCAAGGCGGAGGUGAAACAUUUUCGAGUGUGGGGUUUAGAAGUUGGCAUAAAAAAGCUAGUUUGCAAACACAUGUUGGUGGGCAUACUAGCAUUCACAAUCAGUCAAAAAGAAAAUGUGAAGAUCUAAUGCGACAACAACAAUCCAUACAUGCUUCAUUUGAGAAACAAUUUAAUCAAGAUAAGCACGGGUAUCAAAUCCGCUUAGCAGCUUCAAUUGAUGUAGUAAGACUUCUUGUGAGACAAGGCUUGGCAUUUCGAGGUCAUGAUGAAUCUAAAUUAUCACUUAACAGAGGUAAUUUUCUUGAGAUUCUUUCAUUUUAUGCCCAAAAGUGUGAUGAAGUUCGUAAGUUUGUAUUGGAAAAUGCUCCUCAAAAUGACCAAAUGACUUGUCCAAAAAUUCAAAAAGAUAUUGUAAUUGCUUGCAAGAUUGAAACAAUUAAGGGCAUCAUAAAGGAACUAAAUGGUGAUUAUUUUUCCUUAUUGGUUGAUGAAUCUUUUGAUGUUUCACGCAAGGAGCAAAUGGCGGUUGUUUUACGAUAUGUUGAUAGAAGAGGAUUUGUGAUGGAGAGACUUCUUGACAUUGUUCAUGUUAAAAAUACUAGUGCUUUAUCUCUAAAAGAAGCAAUUGUCAAUUUACUUUCUCAACAUUCCUUGAGUCUAUCUUAUGUGCGUGGACAAUGCUAUGAUGGAGCAAGUAAUAUGCAAGGUGAUAUCAAUGGCCUUAAGAUGUUGAUUAAGAAAGAAAGUAGAUCGGCUUAUUCCAUACAUUGUUUUGCUCAUCAACUUCAAUUAACUCUUGUUGGUGUUUCUAAAAGAUGUCUUCAAGUUGGAGAACUUGUUCAUUUGGUUUCAAAUAUUUUUAAUGUUUUGGCGGCUUCUUAUAAACGUAUGGAUGAUUAUCGAGAAUCUCAAAAAAAAAAAAUUCAAGAAGCUUUUGAUAUGGGUGAGCUUAAAACGGGUAGAGGCUUGCAUCAAGAAGUUGGUAUUUCUAGAGCUUGCGAUACUCGUUGGGGAUCUCACUUCAAAUCUUUUAAUUGUUUUAUUCUCAAGUUUGGUACAAUUAUGGACAUUCUUGAUAAUAUUGUUGAAACUGCACAUUCUAUAGAUGAAAGAUCCAGGGCAACAGGAUAUAUCAGAAUUGCUCAAACUUAUGAGGUUGCAUUCAUGUUGCAUUUGAUGAAAGAAGUUCUAGGAAUUACUAAUGAUCUUAGUACAUGUUUACAAAAAAAGGAGCAAGACAUUGCAAAUGCCAUGCUACUUGUUAAAGUGGCCAAGAGAAGGCUACAAGAGUUGAGGAAAAAUGAAAGAUGGGAUUUAUUUGUUGUUGAGGUUUCUGCAUUUUGUAUCAAGUAUAAUAUUGUGGUGCCUAAUUUUGAUGAGUCGUAUGUUAAUUCUGGAAGAUCACGGCGUAAAUCUGCUGAUUAUACUGUUUUUCAUCAUUAUCAUAUUGAAGUAUUUUGUAAAAUAAUUGAUUGA